ACAAGGAGCCUGAUAUAGAGUAGUAGGACCAGGGCCUAACUUACUUAGGAGCUAGAUACCCCGGUCCAUUUGAAAAGAUCAUCUUCCUGUCUGCUCGUGGAAGAGACGUAGAAGUUUGUGAAACGGAAGCUGAACUUUGGAUGUCUUGCUUCUGCCUUUCACUUUUUCCCUCUUCUCUAAUUUCCCCUGCAGCGUGCAAUUUCUGAUACAUUCUGCUUUUGUUUCCUUUUCUCCGUCUCGAUCAAAAUAUCUCAUCCUCUUGGCUGACGAGAGCGUUCCGCAGCCAUGGCUAAUUUCGGAACGCAGACCAGCCCGUACAACCGGCUGGUGACAAUCUUUGUGGCAAUUGGAUCCCUGACCUACGGUUAUUGUGCCUCAAUCAUCAGUAGUACUAUCGGCCAACCAGGAUGGUUUGAGUUCUUCAAUCUCCCUCAGUCGGGUCCUGGAUAUGCAACAACUACAACCAAUGCGGAAUCUACCGCCAAUGGCGUCUUCAGCGCCGGAGGCGCGGUUGGCACAUUGUUUAUUAUGUGGGCAUGCGACUACUUAGGUCGUAAGAUGAACAUCCAACUGGGUGCUUUGGCAACGAUGGUUGGAGGAGCUCUUCAGGGAGGAGCAGCGAAUCUCAAGAUGUUUCAAGCUGGGAGGUUCAUUUGUGGCUUGGGUAUUGGUGUCCUAGUAACGGUCUGCCCAAUGUACCUUUCGGAGAUGUCCAGUGCACAUCGUCGCGGUUGGCUGGUGGGUCAUCAUGCCAUCUUUCUUGUUUUUGGCUAUAUGAUGGCGGGCUGGGUUGGCUUUGCAUGCUACUACGCUACGGAUACAAUCCCCUCGUUUGCGUGGCGGUUCCCCCUCUGUCUGCAAUGCUUCCCACCCCUGGUGUUGCUGCUGGGAUCUCCAUGGCUUCCGCGCUCCCCGAGAUGGUUGAUUUCGAAAGGAAAAAUGGACGAGGCAUUGCUUGUGUUGAAGCGCCUCCGUGCUUCUCCUGAUGACCCUAAUGAUUUGGUUGCCCAGGAGGAGUUCCAUCAGACAAAGAUGCAGCUGCAGCUCGAAGCUGAGAAGCUGGCUGCCACCGGUCACAGCGUGUGGACUGCAGUGUGGAAGAAGAAGUCCUACAGGAAGCGUAUGAUCAUUGGAUUCCUCACCCAAUGGGGUGCAGAAUUCGGUGGGCCCCUGAUCAUCAACAACUACGCUGUUCUUCUGUACACCAACCUUGGAAUGACAGGCAGUAUGCCUCUUCUUCUGAGCGCGGUCUGGCUUACUACUGCUGGUUGCAUCUACAACCCGCUUGGCGCCUGGCUGCACGAUAGGGUCAACUCCCGUCGCAAGAUGUACAUCACCGGAUUCAUUGGAGUGGUCGUUACUACCUCUUGCCUUGCUGCUAUGACUGCUGAAUACUCUGGCACCAAGAACAAAGUUGGAAAUGGCUUUGGUAUCUUCUUCAUGUUCUUGUAUCUCGCGUUCCAAGGAACAUUCUGUGACACCACUAUGUACCUCUAUGUCUCCGAGAUUUUCCCAACUGAGAUUCGCCCCAUUGGUAUGGGUUUCUCGCUGUUUGGACAGUUUGCUGCUACCAUUAUCCUGCUGCAAACCGCCCCCAUCGGUUUCAACAAUGUCCACUGGAAGUACUUCCUGGUCAUCAUUUGCUGGUCUGCCUUCUUCAUUCCAAUUAUCUACUUCUUCUUCCCUGAAACUGCCCGUCUUUCCCUGGAGGAGAUCGCCAAGAACUUCGGUGAAGAAGUUGCUGUCCACAUUUCCGACGCGACGGACGAGGAGAAAGCCCAGCUGGAGAGCAACCUUGCCGGUAGAGCAUCUCCUUCUCAAGCCAGUGACCAGCGACCAUCAGAGGUUGAGAAACAAACCCCUAAGGCCGACAACUGAAGGCCCAUUGCUACUCUUUCAUUGCCACUGCUGAGGGAAAUGGUAUGGUAAUCAAGCAUGC